AUGGAAUAUCUUUCCAGAAUCUUGGUGAAAAUUGGAGAAACAGAAGGAUUUAAGUUUCAUGACAGGUGUGGUUCUCUUAGACUAAACCACCUUUGUUUUGCCAAUGAUAUCUUGCUCUUCUAUCAUGGAGACUUCAAAUCGAUCUACCUUAUGUUACAAGGUCUGAAACUGUUUUCACAAACUUCUGGUUUAUUUCCAAGUGACUCGAAAUCAGCACUCUACUGUAGUAAUAUGGAGGAAUCGGAGGUUCAAAGAAUAAUUGCAUCAUCAGGUUUUACCAGGAGUCAACUACCUUUUAAAUAUCUGGGGAUUCCUAUCUGUGCUAAGAGGAUUUCAGCAAAAGAGUGUGACAUCUUACUUGAAAAAAUGACCAUCAGAAUUCGAAGCUGGAGCACCAGGAAUCUGUCAUAUGCCGGCAGAGUAAUUUUGGUGAAUUCAGUAUUGAUGUCCAUUCAUACUUACUGGGCUCAAAUCAUGAUUCUUCCAUCAAAGUUAUUGCAUCAAAUCAACUCAAUUUGCAGACAUUUUCUAUGGAAAGGAAUGGCUGAUUCUACUAGCUCAGGACAAGUUUCUUGGGAUGAAGUUUGUAGAUCAAAAGCUGAAGGAGGUCUAGGCUUUAGGAGAAUAAAAGAUUGGAAUGAAGCAGCUAUUGGUAAAUAUGUUUGGGCAAUAACUUCAAAGAAGGAUUCUUUAUGGAUUCGAUGGAUACAUGUUGUGUAUAUAGGUGAUGGAGAUUGGUGGGGCUAUAAAGCCCCGGUGGGAAGUAGUUGGUAUUGGAAGCAAGUUGUUAAAGUCAAAGAGAAGUUCAAAGAGAUUAACUUGACUCAGUUCUGUCCUAAUGGAGUUUAUAGGCCAGCUGAUGGUUACAAAGCUCUUGUUCUGCAUCAUCAGAAAGUAUCCUGGUACAGAGAAGUUUGGAAUAGAACCAUCAUACCAAAGCAUCGCUUCAUCUUAUGGCUUGCGGUUCUAGAUAGGCUACAAGUGAAAGAUAGGCUAUUUAGAUUCAACAUAGCUACUGAUUAUCUUUGUCUUAUCUGUGGUAGAAACAGAGAAACAAGAGAACAUGUUUUCUUUGAUCGUCAUUUGAGCUCUUCUUGCUUGAGGAAAAUCCAAAGCUGGCUGGAAUGGAAGACAGCAGCUUCCACUAUACAUAAGCUACCGAGGUGGAUUGCUAAAGCCAAGUUAUCUCAUUUCAGGAAACAAGUCUUUUUGGUGGCGUUGGAAGCUAUGAUAUCUCAGAUUUGGUGGUGUAGAAAUGAGGCUCUAUGGAAGCAAAAAGUUUAUACAGCAAAUAUAGUUGUUCAAAGGAUUCAAUAUACUGUAAAGGCCAGAAUUAGAAGUAUAAUGCCCAACAAAAUUCAGUUGACAGAUAGAAUAUGGUUUGAAGGCUUGUUUUCACACAAAAACGAGUGGGAAACAAAUGGUAAGAAGGGAUAG